AUGAAGCUGGACAUCAACGAGAUCCGUGUCGCCACCGAACUGGAAAAGCAGAAGCUGAUCACGGAGCACUGCGAUGAGCUAGACGACCUCGUGCGCCGGCACGACAAGGCACAGCUGCCGCCUAACACGGGCUGGAUGGCUUUUAAGCACGUGGCAGUCUAUGCGCGCUCCGCGUUGGCUGAGCAAAGUACGCCGGUUUUCGAGGAGCUCAGCGAUGCCUUCCCAACCUUGGCCGUGAAUUUCACCGAUCAUGAGGACUUGGAUGAAGGAGACAUCGGAGGCACGCUCUCCUUGGCAGCUUCAACAUUUCGUCAUCCAUCUCUCGGAUGCAAAGACGACACCGGAUUCCACGGAGCUGGUUGA